ACUGCAGCCCGCUGGUCUGUGUCUGGAUCCCUCACUUGCACAGAGCUACUCAAGACCCUCCCACUGGCUGGGCCGGGAAGGAGGAGGCAGUGUGUGCUUUGCUUGUAGCUCCGAACGAGUCCCCUUUACCACCCUGUCGGUGUGGAGGAGAAGGAGAGAGAGAGGCUUGGAUACUGAGUGACAGAGAAAGCACACGCGAGAGUCGGGCUGCUUAGAUGAGCGAGAGAACCGUGGAAGAAUAAAGAGCACGUUUUGUAGAGGCAGAGAACAGGAUCGCAGACAAGGGACUUCAGGAGACAAUUCCUGUCUAUUUUGCAAUCACUUGCCUACUAACUGGAACUCUGUGGAUUGUCUGACAAGCCAGAGGAUUUUUGAAUAUAUGCCUGUGCCACAUCUUUUAGAAACUGGGAUCUAUCUCUUUUAUCUGUGCUCUUGCUGGUUCGACUGCUACAGACUGUGAUUGCUUUUAUGUUGAUGUGCUGAGCUUUGGUUUUGUGAGACAAAGUGCAUCUGUUGGCAACUGGCACGGACUAUAUCUUGUUCUGUCAAGCAGGACAGACAUCAAAUCAGAAGAGAGAGAAAGUGUGUUUGUGUGUGAGCUGGUGUGUGUGUCUGUUUAUGUGUAAGAGGAAGGAAAGACAGAAAGCGAGGGGCAGUGAGAGAGUGCAAUUAAAGCCAAGCCAAAGGACUGGAACGAAACAGCUUGAAUAGAGUAGUGAACCUAUACGUCCUCUCCCGUUUUUCCUUACCAUUCCUUUCCUCCUCCUCUCCUCCUCCUCUUCCUUCCAUUUUCAAUAUUCUUAGGACUGCCAGAGCUACUGCCACCUGCACCUCCUUGCGUCUCCUCUUUCUUGUUUCUCCUCUACCUCACCGUAACUAUCCAGUAGUGUAUACACGCUUGAUUUAGGCAGUUUUUGAAAUAUUUCUUGUCCAUCUUUGAGUGGACACCUGCCUGGUACCAAGUCUCUGGAACAGCCAGGAAAAAGUCAUCAGGAGCUCCCUCAUCAGAGGCGGACGUUCUCAGAGCCUCAGUCCGGCACACAAAUCUUGCCUUCUCCCCAGAGAACUAUCUUGCAACGCACUGGUGCUGAUAGCAAAUCCCGGAAUUGCAAAGCCCCACUGUCGCUUCCACCACAUUUCAAGCGACUUGGCAGCUUCCGCCCCCGUGUCACCAUUCCCUGCCUCAGUACUAAGGAUUCCAGCUACAUGGGCAAGCGAUUGGAGCAGCAGCCAAUGUACCCUCAGUACACCUACUACUACCCCCACUAUCUCCAAACCAAGCAGCCCUAUGCUCCACCCCCUCAUCCUAUGGCUCCUCCCAGCCCCAGCACCAACAGCUGCAGCCAGGGAGGGGCGGAGCAGCUCAGUAAGACCAACCUGUAUAUUCGUGGUCUCCCCCCUGGAACCACCGACCAGGACCUCAUCAAGCUUUGCCAACCGUAUGGAAAAAUAGUGUCAACCAAGGCCAUUCUUGAUAAGAACACUAACCAGUGCAAGGGUUAUGGCUUUGUGGAUUUUGACAGCCCAGCUGCAGCACAGAAGGCUGUGUCAUCUCUAAAAGCCACUGGGGUGCAAGCCCAAAUGGCCAAGCAACAGGAACAGGAUCCCACCAACCUGUACAUUUCAAACCUCCCAGUGUCAAUGGAUGAACAGGAGCUUGAGAACAUGCUGAAGCCUCUGGGUCACGUAAUCUCUACAAGGAUACUCCGGGAUGCCAAUGGGGUCAGCAGAGGAGUCGGCUUCGCCAGAAUGGAGUCAACGGAAAAGUGUGAGGUGGUGAUACAGCAUUUCAAUGGAAAAUACCUGAAAACCCCACCAGGCAUUCCAGCCCCUACGGAGCCUUUGCUGUGCAAAUUUGCAGAUGGAGGGCAGAAGAAACGUCAAAGCCAGAGCAAGUAUCCACAGAACGGGAGGCCGUGGCACAGAGAAGGGGAGACUGGCAUGGCGUUAACAUACGAUCCUGCUGCAAUGCAGAAUGGUUUCUACUCGCCUUACAGCAUCGCUACCAACCGCAUGAUCGCACAGACCUCCAUCACGCCCUUCAUCGCUGCUUCCCCUGUUUCCACAUAUCAGGUCCAGAGUACGUCAUGGAUGCCUCAUCAACAAUAUGUUAUGCAACCAACAGGUGCAGUGAUCACGCCAGCGAUGGACCAUACUAUGUCCAUGCAGCCUGCCAGUAUGAUGGGCCCUCUCACCCAGCAGAUGAACCAUCUGUCCCUGGGCACUACAGGAAGUUACAUGACUGCUGCAGCUGCUGCCGCUGCGCCUAUGCAAGGGACCUACAUUCCCCAGUACACUCCUGUGCCUCCAACAGCCGUCCCUGUCGAAGGAGUGGUGACCGAUGCCUCACCUCAGACGGUGGCUCCUUCAUCACAGGAGGUGGCUGGUCAGCAGCAACAGAUCCAGGUGGACAGUGCCGAUCAUGUUCCUGCUUACUCAUACCAGUCCAAAUAGCAACGGCCUGAGCGAAUGUUCCUGUGACAGCGUUGCCUUGAGACAGAGGGUGGCUGCACUGUGAAUGUGAGGAAAAGAAAGAGAUUACUUCCAGAUUGCCCAGGCACCAAAAAAGAGACACUUUUUUUUUUUCAUUUCCUACCUGGUCUAAAAGGAAAAAAAAUAAAAAAUCACGACAAAGGCGAAGAGUGCUGAGGAAAGGGGGGGUGUCGGGGAAAUUACUGGGCACAGUGCAAAGAAGUAAAUUGUUUUAGUCUGGGAAUGGAACCUGCCUAAAGGGCUGGGCUGAAGCUUGAAAAGUUUCUCAAAGAAAAUUCUCAACUAUUAAAAAAAUAGAAAAUACAAAAAAAAAAUUAAAAGAUAAAAAAUAAAAAGAAAAAAGGUUGAAUGCGCUGGUAGGUGAUGAAGUUUAUUUUGUAAUUAGAAAGGGGGAGUCAACGUUUGAGAUACACACAGAGAUUGUCUUCCUCAGAUAUUAAGCUACAACUUCUUUUCAGUCUUUUUUAUGUUCUAGUGUUAAAUAUUAGUUUUCUAGAUGUAUUUCAAAAAUGUUUUUUGUUUCUUCUUCUUUCUUGAAUCUUCAUGGCCUUAAUUUGAAGGGCGCCAGAAACUUUUUACAGAGUUAAAAUCUGACGUCUCGUUGGGAAGGUUAAAAAAAGCAAAUGGUCUCACGAACCUCUAAUGGGGAGGGGUUCAAAAUGCUGAAUGAGUUACUCUAAAGAGAGAAAAAAAGAAUCUAUCACAUAAGCUGUACAGAUUUAAUAGAGAAAAGCCUUUUGUUUCUUUUCUUCAUUAGAAGAAAACUUUGAUAAUUAUUAUGUCAGAGGUAAUUAAGUGUCAGAAUUAAACAAAAUGUCUGUUGUCGGGAUGGGGUGGGAGGGUGACGCGUUGAAGAGAUUUUACACAAUGAGGAAAAAUAGAAAACAUAAGAAGAUACGCUGCACAGUGGAUGCAGCCUGUUGCAAAUGCUGAACUUGUUUUUUUUUUUUAUUCUCAUCAUUUUACAUGCCGCUGUUGAUGACAUUAGUGCUUUUUAUCGGCCACAUUUUACCUUUUUUAUGAGCUUAAAGAUGUUUUUAGCCCGCUUUGCUUGUCACACUGCAAAAAA